AAUCAGUCCAUUCAAAGGGGAAUCUCUUCUCCCUCUGAGGACCCAAACGGCACCAAAGUUGUGGAAUCAAUGCAUGGAAUGACUUGGAAGCCAAUGUCUACACACUGAUGGACCUGCCUCUUAGAGCCCCAACAAGGAUGACAGUGCAAGAUGUUCCUGGUGCCUUUCCUACAGUGGAUGUCCCAGACCAUGCUCAUUACACAAUUGGAGUAGUCAUUCUUAUAGUGGGGAUCACAGGAACCCUGGGUAACUUCCUGGUCAUCUAUGCUUUCUGCAGGAGUAGGAGCCUUCAGACUCCAGCCAACAUAUUCAUCAUCAACCUAGCUAUUAGUGACUUCCUGAUGUCCAUUACGCAAUCUCCAGUUUUUUUCACCAACAGCCUCCACAAACGCUGGAUUUUUGGUGAGAAAGGCUGUGAGCUGUAUGCCUUCUGCGGAGCUCUUUUUGGCAUUACAUCUAUGAUCACUUUGAUGGUGAUUGCCUUGGAAAGAUAUUUUGUCAUCACAAAACCUCUGGCUUCUGUUGGAGUGACGUCUAAGAAGAAGGCCCUAAUAAUCCUGGUAGGAGUCUGGCUGUAUUCUUUGGCUUGGAGCCUCCCACCCUUCUUUGGAUGGAGUGCGUAUGUUCCCGAGGGUCUGCUGACUUCCUGUUCCUGGGACUACAUGACUUUCACGCCGUCAGUCCGCGCCUACACAAUGCUGCUGUUCUGCUUCGUCUUCUUCAUUCCUUUGAUUGCUAUCAUAUACAGCUAUGUCUUUAUAUUUGAGGCUAUCAAGAAGGCCAACAAGUCUAUUCAGACAUUUGGAUGCAAACAUGGAAAUAAAGAGAUCCAGAAACAGUAUCAGAGGAUGAAAAAUGAGUGGAAGAUGGCCAAAAUUGCCCUGAUUGUCAUCUUGCUUUAUGUCAUUUCCUGGUCACCAUACUCUGUUGUUGCUCUGGUAGCUUUUGCUGGGUAUUCCCACAUCCUAACACCCUUUAUGAACUCCAUACCGGCUGUGAUUGCCAAAGCUUCUGUCAUCCAUAACCCCAUCAUCUACGCCUUCACUCACCCCAAAUACAGAACAGCCAUUGCAACAUACGUUCCUUGCCUUGGAUCCCUGCUGAGGGUUUCUCCUAAAGACUCACGGUCUUUCAGCAGUUAUCCCUCUUCCAGACGUGCGACUGUAAGCAGCCAGUGUUCUGAGAUAAGUGGGCCGCAGAAAGGAAAAAGGCGACUGUCUUCUCUCUCUGACAGUGAAUCAGGCUGUACUGACACAGAAGCUGAUACCCCCAGUGUGUUCUCCAGACUUGCUACCAGGCAGAUUUCCUAUAAAACGGGUAAAGACACAAUUCAAAAUAGUGACAUAAGAUCCAAACCUAAACUGAAGAGCCAUGAUUCUGGGAUUUAUGCUGAUGACAUACCCGUAGAUGCUGAUGACAUACCCAUGGUGGAACUGAAUGUCACAGAGUACACCACUACACUUACUCAGCAAACAUCUAAAAAAUGCAACUAUGAGGAAAUCAAGGCAAGUGAGAGCCUGAAUGGUAUUGGACAAAGAAAAGGAGAGUCUCACCACGGACCAUCUACAGCCCAGAUACCCAGCAUCAGAGUAACACACAGCAAUGUCCAAGGAGUAGAGCUGACUUCUGGAUACAACUCUGGCUUCCUGUACCCUAAGAUCAACAGCCACAAGCAGAGCAAGAAGUCCAGCAGCUAA